CGUGCACAGGUGGAACCUGAAGCUGGGCUGUCCUGGCUUUGCCACCAGCCGUGCUGAGUUAGAACCCACUUGUGCUGCUCACCAGUGUCGGGAUUCAGGCAAGAUGUUUAACUUCUCUCCUUAUCCCCAAACUGAGAAUCGUGGUCCUUGGCACAUACAGCUGUGAGGAUGUCUAAUCAAAUACGCAAUAAACUGUUCUCAUCCAAAUGAAAGCUCACAUGGUCGGGAGCCUGGCUGGCCCAGUCGGUCAAGCAUCUGACUUCGGCUCAUGUUCUCACGGUUCCUGAGUUCAAGUCCUGCUUCAGGUGAGCUUGAGCCCUGCUUUGGGUGAGCCCUGGCUUCUCUCUCUGUCUCUCCCACUCCCCCCUCACUCAGUUGCGCCCGCUCUCUCAAAAAGAAAAAAAAAAAACUCACACAUUUAUUUGGCUUUGUAUGUGUCCAGGGCCAGGCCCUAAAUAUAUGACACUGCUGCUGCCCUCACACGAGAGACAAUCUCGGAACCAACUUAUUAAACUCACCAAGUGCUCAAACCUGGGGCUUCUGAGCAGGUACAUCAGAGAGAGAAAAAAGGUAAAAAUGGAAAAGGCUGUGUGCCCAGAUGCUUUGUCAAUCGGACCCUCCGAACCUGGAUUUGAGUUCCCUGGUACAACUAUUUGGUGCUACAAAUGCUUUUGUGAUGCCUUGUCCUUGGCAUCUGUUUCCUUUCCAAGGAAACAUUCUGUCUGUGCUUCAGGGAAGAGGGUUUUUUCACCAGCACUUGGAUAGAAUGGUAUCAGCACCAUGAGAGACCUGGAGAGAUGGGAACAAUGAAGUGACCGAGCUUUCUGCAGUGAGGGAGUGGGCGAGAGCUACGAUCCAAGUCGAUCCAAGUCAUGCUCUCCUGCAUUUUACCUGGAGCAGCUGAGCUGGACCCCCUGGGCUUGUCCUCUCCACGGCUGCCCCAGCAUCUCUGGAGCCCAGGCAUGCCUCCGUGAGCCACGAGGUCUCCAGCUGAUGGGGAGGGGCUGCUGUCGGUGUGAUCCUGGUGUUUCACACCAUGGAUCUGUGGGCCCACUGGGUUCCAGCCUCCCAGCUGGGUGCCUACAUACAUUUUCACUGGAUCACUCCCUGCUUUUCUUUGUUUAGUGAGCCAUUUCCCUGGGGGGUGGGCAGAAUCUGUCUCGAGCCUCAGCUCAUUUGCCUGUUGACCCUGAAAGUCUAAGUAGACCUAGCCAGUGAAGAGGACCUUGGCGGUCAGUGGUGGUGUUGGUGCCGACAUACAAGGAACCAGGUCCUUUCCCUGUGAGUACUGGCCCCCGGUUCCUUCCCGGCCCCCAUGCUGAAAGUGGUUGUUGUCCAUAACUCACUAGUUCAAUGUCAUAUUCUGUGUAGAAAGAGUUCCAUGGUUGUGAUCAGUCUCUAAGAUCGGUGAUUCCCAUCAUCAUAUUAAGAGCUCUGAGAUGUCCUCUAGUGGAAAAACCUGUUUAAUUUCAUCGAACCCAGGAUUUCCCAAGUUUGUUGGACCACGGAGGCCUCUUUUCAAGUCAACAGCACUUCCUGUCCUUCAGAUUAGAGCUCCACAGAACCCACUUUGGGAAGCAUAGCUACCUCCUGAGAGCUGUCAGCUGUCUUGACUCAUGGCCGUAUUCCACCCCAGAUGGCAUCUCCUAGGAUACCGAUCCCUCCCCAAAGUGGACCUGAGCUCAUCCCAUCAUGAGCCAGCCCCGGUUGGCCCAUCUCCCCAGUCCUAAUCCCACUCAGCCCUGGCACUCUGCCACGUUCCUGUUUGCCUAAUAGCCAUCCUAGGGCAACAGGAGAGGAGAGAGGAUUCUCCUGUGUCUUCCCAUCUUCACUGCCCACUCAGAUCGACACCCAGAGGGUGCAGUUCACCUUCGAGCUGGGAUCCCAUUGGAGAGUGAUCUGCUUGUUUUUCCUGCUUUCUUCCCUUCUGGUUCCUUAUCCUGUGCUCCCUGACUUCUGCUUGGAAUGCCCUGGGCCUGGCAGGAACCUUUUAUUAGGUGAGCAGGUCUCAUACAGCCUCAUUCCUGAUUUGGAAGACUUUAGCCCUGGCUAUCCUGGCUGGCAGUCUGAAAAUGUCUUACUCCAUUUUUGUUUUUUCUUAAAUCCAAACCAGUUGUAGACCACAGCCCUCAAAUAUACCUGUCCUUCCUCUCUGGUUUUCCUCCUGUCCAUAGUCCCACACAGGAUUCUCACCACCCAGUCUCUCCCACCUGUCAGCCCUGGUCCAAGAAGAGCCAACACUGCUGCCUGGAUGGGGAUGCUUGUUAUGGGCCUGGGUGUGAUUAGGUCCCAGCGGGUCCUGUCCAACCAAGGUGCAUUUCCCCCUCUGCUUCAUGAUGGUUUCUUCCUCUCUGCUUUGUGAUCAUCAUACUGGAGUCUCUGCUUUGAGUCCAUCCCAGGAUCUCUGGCCUCUGAAUUCCAUUGCCUGCUCUUCGCCUCUUUCUAAAACCUGCCCUCAGCACACCAUCUAAUCCUUGCGUUCACAUUGGAUCAACAAAACAUCGCCAGGAUGGGAAAGAGUUUUGUGGCCAGGGACACCCCAAGAACAUGUGAAAUUGGAAGACCAAGGAAUGUCAGAAUUUUAAAGUGCAAUUUUACACAACUGAGAAGUAGCCAAUGUCACUGUGCUCUCCCCCUCCACCUCCAGGGGGGCAUAUUCCCUUGACAUGACUGCAUUUAUGUUGGACUCUCUUGGGUUUAAAGGGUAAAUAAUACGCUUAAGUAAGGUAGGAUAUCUUUGCCAUCUGCCAUACCUUUCUGAAGCUAUAACUCCUUUCCUUAGCUCAUAAAUGAUUUAAGCUGUUUUCCUGACUCAUACUUGGAAUACCAUCCCUGAGCAUUAUUUUAUAAGCUUGUGAAAUCUUGAUAUAAAACAGUUCAGUGCCUGUGUUAGUCAGCUAGCGCCAAGGGGUAAAAAAAAGAAAAAAAAAAAAAAAAAACCCACAAAAGUCUCCUCAGUUCAAUGCAACAAUAAGCAUUUGUCUUCAGAGCUCUGUGUGUUGUCUGGGAUUUGGCUGAUCUGAAUUGGGCUCAGCUGGUCAACUCUGCUCCGGCUGCAAUGGCUGAGUGGCUGUGCCUCUCACAUCAGGUCCCUGGACCACAUUGGUGGCUUUGCUCUACAUGUCUCUCAUCCUGUCCUCCUUAGACAGCAGACUAACCAAAGCUUGUUCUUCUGAUGGUGCCAGCAGAAGCAGAAGAGAGAAGUCCCAGUGUGCAAAACACUUCCAUCCCUGCUGUAUCACGUCUACUACCAGCCAUUGGCCAAAGAAGGUCACAUGGCCAAGCUCAAAGUGCCCGCGAAAGGACACUCCAUCCAUGAUGAGGCUAUAGUAAGGGAGUGGGUGGAGAAAGGAGUGAAGAACUGGGGCCAAUAGUACCACCAUGCUCACCUGUGGUACAUAGGAAAGGGCUAAAGGGUUUCUUCUGACCAUUGCUACAGCAGCAUUUUGUUGCAGAGAUGCUCCAGGGAACCCAGAAGUCCUGGGAAACUCUUGAAGUUCUCUCCUGGGAAGCUCUUCAAGAUGCUCACAGGCUCCCUGAGCCAGAGAACCAGGACGCCACCCAGAGUGUUCCCGAGGAGUGUGGAGGGAGCAGGCAGCAGAAGGGCAACAUGGCGACCAAGUAACUCUUCCAUGGCUAAGGGUGGUGAACCUUUAUGCUCUGACAAAUGUGCACCAACAAAAGCACUGAGGGAGUGAGAGCCCCUGGAGCAGCCAGGUGUCUCACACCAUCCUCAACUGGGUAAUGCCUCCAGAAAAUAAACCAACAGCGUCCUACCAGGGAGCACAGGGACAGUUGCCUGGCGUUAACAUUUAAUGAAGUUUGUGGAAUUCAAAAAGCUGCUGCUUUUAUGAGCCGUGUGGGAAAGGGAUGCAGGGGUCACGCUUCACCCCACCAAGAAAUCCUUCUCUCAGUUUCUCAUGGAAGCCAUGUGUUAAAGAUAGUGGGACCACAAAACAGAAGGAAACUUGGUCCCUGAAUCAUGUCUUGGAGGACAGCUUUGUGCCUGUUAAGAACUGUCCUUCUGGAUUUUCUGGAAGGGCCCAGGUUUGACCGUGGAGGAAGGAUUGGACAGGUUGCCGGGGAAAGUGAGUGAUCCAUUCAACCAGAGCAGAGAUGUCAACUUAUUUAUAGGAAUUACUUGAAGUCAGAGUCAUGGUGGAUGUAGGAAAGUGGCCAAUCUUCACUCUGCUCUCACCUCAAGAAAUUGCAUCUAUUCGGAAAGCAUGUGUCUUUGGCACCUCAGCCAAUGAAGCACUGUACGUUACUGACAAUGAUGAGGUCUUUGUAUUUGGACUGAACUAUAGUAACUGUCUAGGAACUGGAGAUAACCAGAGUACACUUGUACCCAAAAAGCUGGAAGCCUUAUGUGGAAAGAAGAUUAAAAGCCUUAGUUAUGGGAGUGGACCACAUGUUCUUCUCAGCACUGAAGAUGGAGUUGUUUAUGCCUGGGGCCACAAUGGAUAUAGCCAGCUUGGGAAUGGGACGACCAACCAAGGCAUUGCUCCCAUCCAAGUCUGUACCAAUCUCUUGAUCAAGCAAGUGGUUGAAGUAGCUUGUGGCUCACAUCAUUCAAUGGCUCUGGCAGCUGAUGGAGAGGUAUUUGCUUGGGGGUAUAACAACUGUGGCCAGGUCGGAUCAGGAUCUACAACAAAUCAACCAACUCCUCGAAAAGUUACAAACUGUUUACAUAUUAAGAGGGUGGUUGGCAUUGCCUGUGGUCAGACCUCAUCCAUGGCUGUUCUGGACAAUGGGGAGGUGUAUGGCUGGGGUUACAAUGGCAAUGGUCAGCUAGGCUUGGGAAACAAUGGUAAUCAGCUGACCCCUGUGAGAGUGGCAGCUUUGCACAGCGUGUGUGUGAACCAGAUUGUCUGCGGCUAUGCACACACUCUAGCACUAACAGAUGAGGGCUUGCUCUAUGCCUGGGGAGCUAACACGUAUGGGCAGCUGGGAACUGGCAAUAAAAAUAACCUGCUAAGCCCAGCACACAUCAUGGUGGAGAAAGAAAGGGUAGUAGAGAUUGCGGCCUGCCACUCAGCCCACACGUCGGCUGCCAAGACCCAGGGCGGGCACGUGUACAUGUGGGGCCAGUGCCGGGGCCAGUCCGUGAUCCUGCCUCACCUCACGCACUUCUCCUGCACCGACGACGUGUUCGCCUGCUUCGCCACUCCUGCUGUCUCUUGGCGCCUCCUGUCUGUAGAGCAUGAAGACUUUUUAACAGUUGCUGAAUCACUGAAGAAAGAAUUUGAUAGUCCGGAAACUGCUGAUCUGAAGUUUCGAAUUGAUGGGAAAUAUAUCCAUGUCCAUAAAGCUGUUUUGAAAAUCAGGUGUGAGCACUUUCGAUCCAUGUUCCAGUCUUACUGGAAUGAGGAUAUGAAGGAGGUGAUAGAAAUAGACCAGUUUUCUUACCCAGUGUACCGUGCCUUUCUCCAGUACCUCUACACAGAUACAGUGGACCUGCCACCUGAAGAUGCUAUAGGUCUUUUGGACUUAGCCACGUCUUACUGUGAAAACCGGCUGAAAAAGCUCUGUCAGCACAUUAUCAAGCGUGGAAUUACGGUGGAGAAUGCCUUUUCAUUAUUCUCUGCUGCAGUCAGAUACGAUGCAGAGGAUUUAGAAGAAUUCUGCUUUAAGUUUUGCAUCAAUCAUUUGACAGAAGUUACACAGACUGCAGCAUUUUGGCAAAUGGAUGGCCCUCUGCUAAAGGAAUUCAUUGCUAAAGCCAGUAAAUGUGGAGCCUUUAAGAACUGAAGCCCCAGGCUGCUGGGUUUUGUGAAUGCUCUGGGGCACUGGCCAUGGUGGCUGCUUUGUGCUCUGCGGGUGAUGUAAUUUUGCAGGUAAAAAACCCGUCAGCUUGUUUGUUUUUCACAUCUUGAGACACCAUUCUCCGUGUAGGAAUGUACGAAGGAUGUACAGCUUUUCCUGAACCCGUUCUAAACAAGUCUUGUUUCUAGAUAUGUGCAUUUUAAAUGUGACCUUAAUUUGGCUGGAACAUUGUAAAGGGGUGAAAGUUUAGCUGGUCGUUUGUGUUUUGUUUUGUUCUGUUUUGUUUUGUUUUGCUUUGUUUUGUUUUGUUUUUGAUUAGAGGAACUGCUGAACUUGGAAAGGAGAAGUUUGCGGUAAUUCUCCUGGCUCACAUAGUAACAACCCUUUCGACCCCAGGAACUGGGAUGGUUUGUGGAUUGUGAGAUAGACAUAAGACGCCCCACCUUGAAUUAAAGAUGCUGACUUCGGGGCUUGUUGAAAUGCUGCAUCAGUUGCUAGUUCACUAGCUGUACUGUGAAGGAAUAGUGAAGAUAGUUUGAGGUUUUUGUGUGUGUUUGUACUACUGAGGACCUUUUUUAACUUCAUCGCGUAUCAAAAAACAAUAUUCAGUUUAAUAUGAGUUAAACCUAUUACGAUGAUGAUUAUGCAAAGAUAAACUUGUAGGCUUGCCAAGGUUUCUCUUAAGAAUUAAGUCCAUAAAGAGUAGUAAUUUAGGACUACCUGUAAAAAGUUGAUAUCGAAAGAAACUUUGGACAGAGGUCAAUAUUUUAUAGAGUAUCCACUACUAUCCAACAGUGUUUUGUUUUAUUAAGAUACAGUCUAAGAGCUGAAGUUUAAAUUUGAUUCCCCACUGUUUCCCCCAUAAACGCUAAUCAUGAGAAGAAAGUAAUGGCAUAUUCAGCAUACUCUUGCCUUCCUAAAUUAUGGCUGCUAGACGAUCAGAUCCACUACAUCUGACUGACAAGGUGUUCUUAAAACCAGCUUUCUGGCAGGACUUCAUAGAAUUUCUCUCUUUUAUCUAUAGGCCAAGUGUCACACCUUUGCUUGUUUGCAACUUCAGCUUUCGUUUUUAUUUCCUCGUCUUUUGAUUGUGUUAGGUAUAAUAUUUAGCACAAUAUAACUUUGAAAAAGGAUCUAAAUUAUGAUUUCCCUGAAAAGAUCCUUUUAAAUAGGAUCCUUUUAAGCUCAAGUUUUUUGGGUUUUUUUUUUUUUUUUUUUUUUUUUUUUCCUUUUCUUUUUUGGUCUGGUUAUGAACAUGACUUUUGGAGGAAGAGUGUUCAACUCUGAGUUUUAUCGUGUGUGUCUGUUGAGCUUGCUGUAAGAACAAAGCUUUGUUCUCUCUGGCUCACAGAUUCAUUUCCAUUUGUGGGCAUUCCCUUAGUGAACGGUUUCCUGUUUGGAAGGUCCCUCAUCUGAACUUAGAGCCCAAAUACAUUUUCAGAGUCAAAUUAACAAGAGAGUGAAGAUACGCUGCAGCUACUAUUUUUAGCAGUGUUUCUAAGUGUGUCUGAGGGUUUGGAUGGGAGUGAGGGCCCAAAGAUAGGAAUUCAUUGAUAAGUGAGAUAAAUUCAAACCUAGAAGUCCCAGCUCCCUUUUCCUGACCAUGUUGCAAGUGAUUGAAGCCCAGUCAGUUAUUAAUUAGGAUUAGUUCUGCAACAUGAUAGAAUUUUUCUUACUAGGUUGAUGAAUGCACAUUAAUUUGAUUAUUAGCUAUGAUGGGUAGUGUUCAUAACAAUCACUGUUCUAUAGGCUUAUGAUCUGGACAAAAUAAGACCUGCGGUAUGUUUACUAUUGCUCUUACUUGAAAAAAACUUAAAGCACAAAUUAAAGUAGUAGAUCCACUUCCAUAGAUUGUUCAUUCAUUCAACAAAUAUUUACUGAGGUUCCUUAUAUAGGUAAAGAACCACUUCUCAGAUUACCGAGUAAUUUGUAUGAGUGUGUAUGUAGUGAAGAAAAUGGAAACAUGUUCUUUGAAAAGUACUUGAGUAUCUUUUUUUUUUUCUUAAUACACUCUUAUUUUUCUACUUGGUUUCAUUGUUAAUCAUAGCAGGAAAUGAAAACUGUUCUUUGAGUUGUGUUUUUCAUCUGAUGUGAUAAUGAAAGCCAAAGUAUUCAUAUUUCUUAAGAUAACCCUAACUGUACUCUUGAACUUCUUACUGGAAUAAUAUUUGAUACUCUAGUAUAUAGGCUGUAUUUAUGUAAUGUUUAGAAUGACAUAUUAAUAAAUAAUCUGUCAAGACAUA